GUGCCACUUUUCAGGUCUCCUCACACUGCUGGUGGGUUCCAUUUUGUCAUAGGGUGCUGGCAGAUUACGGGCCUCCAUUGCUGCUGCCAGGCCCCUAAUCUGCCAUGGGCCCCUGUACCGCCUCGCCUCCUCAUGCUGCUGCCAGGUCCACAGUGUCUCAUGGGUCCCUGUACGGCUUCCCAUUGCUGCUGUCUCCAUCGCCACACUCUGCCAUGUGCCACUUUCAGGUCUCCUCACACUGCUGGUGGGUUCCAUUUUGUCAUAGGGUGCUGUAUGGCCUCCCAUUGUGCUGCCUCCACCGCCACACUGUGGCUCCACACUCUGGUUUUGGCCCCGUGACUGCCCAAAUGAGUGAAGUGUGCGGUGAUUCUAAGAUCGACGGCACUCAUCUGCAUGUCAUACUG